AUGAAUUUUUCAAUGGUAACUGCAAGAGCUUUUUCUUCUAUACAAAAUUUAAAUACUGUUAAAUUAGCACACUGCAGUGAAUGGGAAAUUCGUCCCUUAUUACCAUGUUUAGUGCGAAUGAGUUUACUUCCUGCGCUAGACAGCACAAACAAUUGGAUAGCUAGCCGAAAACAGUUACUUACAAUUCUUUCCGGUAUCGAAGUAGUAAAUAAUAUUGUGUCGUUACUACAGGUAAAUUUCCAUGAGUUGGAAUUAGAUGUUAAAAAAGAGCAGCAGUUAAGGCAGAAAAUUGGAUAUACAGCACAGGAUUCACAGUUUCACAGUCUUACAAAUGGUGUUGUAAUGGAUUUCGAAAGAGCAGAUAUUCUUAACAAGGUCAGAGUUGUGCUUUCGGAAAUUUUCAAUGUACAAGCACAAAUUAAUGAACAAGCAUCUCAAACCUCUGCCCAAAAGUCAGAAAGUACCACAAAAAAGUCAGAAUUAUUUGAUAAUGACAUAUAUCUUGAGGAAAUCGCAGACAUUAUUUGCAUAGCUUUAGCCGAAUUACCCUCCUUGUUAAAUGUACUUGAAGUUGUCGAAACUCUUCUGUACGUUAAUAAUGGAAGUAAAAUCAUUUGCUGGGUUAUUGCUAAUAUGCCAGAUUGCUUUCGUGAGGUCGUAACUGCACUGAUAACUAAUGGAGACGAAGAUAAUCCAGACGGAAAAUUAAGACUUACAGCAUUAUAUGAGCUUUGCGAUAUGAAUCCAGGACAAGCACUGACAACGAGAACAAUUUGUGUUGAGCAUACCAAAAUGCCGUCGUUAAUGUUAAAAUUAAGCCUAAAGGACACUGAAAACUUAGUUGCUUUUAUUUCAGGUUUAUUAUUAGGAAACGAUCAAAAUAUUCGUGCUUAUUUUGCGUUAUACGUACGAUCAAGCCAAAAAAGAAAAGGAGAUGUAUUACAUCUGCUGAGAGAUGAACUUCUGAAGCAGUUACAAAAUAUUGUAAUUUUAUCUCAAAAUUGUCAAUUGCAAGAAAAACAUGUGGUGCAAUCGGCAGCUAUGUUGAGGCUAUAUUGUGCGUUGCGUGGAAUUUCUGGCAUCAAGUUUACGGACGAAGAGAUUUUUUAUUUAAUUCAACUCAUCACGUCAAAACCUCCCCCAACACCUUCCGGUAUUCGCUUUGUAUCUCUUGGUUUGUGCAUGCUAAUUGCAUGCCCUUCACUGCUAGCCAACCAAGGUGUAGAUAUAAAAAUAAUUGAUUGGAUUCAGUGGCUCAUUAAAGAGGAAGCAUACUUUGAGAAUGCUGGCGAGGCGUCGUCGUCUUUUGGUGAAAUGCUUCUGCUUAUGGCUAUUCAUUUUCAUAGUAAUCAGUUAACUCACAUAUGUGAAUUAGCAUGUUCCACUCUGGGGAUGAAGUUUCCUUUGCGUCCAAACACUAUCAGUCGUAUGCGGCAAAUUUUCACGCAGGAAAUAUUUACAGAGCAAGUGGUAGCUGCUCACGCCAUUAGAGUGCCUGUAACAAUAAAUUUAAAUGCUACAAUACCAGGUUAUUUACCUGUACACUGUAUCCAUCAGUUGCUCAAAUCACGCGCUUUUUCCAAACAUAAAGUGCCUAUAAAAAAUUGGAUUUUCAAACAAAUAUGUACGUCUAUAACGCCAUUGCAUCCUGUUUUACCUGCUCUAAUUGAAGUGUAUGUGAUUUCCAUUAUUUUACCAAACCAAAAAAGCUCAAUGGAACAUGCACACAAGGCGCUAUCAGAGCAGGAAAUUCAACAAGUUUUUCAGAACAUCAACUUCAGCACAUUACAGAAAAAUGAUAAAUGCGAUCAAAAUGACUCUGAUUUGUCAAUGGCUGGCAAAAAAGACGAAGGAUGCAACAAAAAUGUUAAUUUAACACCACAGCUACUGCUUUUGUACUACCUACUAUUGUACGAGGACGUUCGUUUAAGUAAUAUGGUUAAUAUUGUUACUAGUGGGCGGCAAGUGAAAGCCUACUCUGCCGAAUUCAUGUCUGAAUUGCCUAUAAAAUAUCUGUUGCAACAAGCCCAAAAGAACCAACAGGAAUAUAGCGUUUUAUUCAGUCCCUUACUUCGUUUAAUUGUUACACAUUUUCCUCAUCUUUCACUAGUAGAUGACUGGAUUGAUGAAGAAAAUAUUUCUUCGGAACCUUCGUCUAACGCAACUAUCAGCGAAUGUAAUGUUGUAGAGGCCCUUCAGCAAAUCAAUAGUAACCCUGGAAAGACAAUAAAGUGCUUAAAAUUAAUGCUGAAAAAGUCUCCAAAAGAAUUAUGGCCAAUAGCUGAAACGUUUAUUCGUUAUUUUAAAAAAAUUGUUUGUAGUAACUUACCCCGUUUGAUGCAGGAACUAUAUAAAAAUGUGUGGAUACGAUUAAAUACGAUAAACCCUCGACGACUUUGGGUCAUGACAAUAAAUGCGCUCAUGCCGAAAGACAAUGUUACCAACAGCAGUUACAUGUUCUCCCAGGAAAUAAUACUCAUUGAUCCGCUUCAGAUAUUACGAUGUGAUGAGCGUGUUUUUAGAUGUGCCAGUGCACUAUUUGUUGUGUUAAGAAUUUUGCAGUCCACGCUUGCUGCUUCCAAAAGCCAACUUUCUCGGCAUAUGCUUGAUAAACCGUUAAUUGAAAUGGGCAAGCAAAUUAAAUCUGAUACGGAUAGAGAAGAACUCAAACUUGCUUUGGUAGCUUCACAGGAAAGUGUAGCUGUGCAAAUAUUACUAGAAGCAUGUCUUGAGUCAGAAAACGACAACACAAAACCUGGCGGAUUGUGGGCGCUUCGUGAAGUGCGUGGUGUUGUGUGUUCGUACAUCCAUCAGAUAUUUAUAGCAGAACCAUCGCUUGCUAAAUUGGUUCAUUUUCAAGGAUAUCCAAGAGGACUUUUACAUAUGACUGUUCGAGGAAUACCUUCUAUGCAUAUCUGUUUGGAUUUUAUACCGGAACUAUUAAGCAUGGCAGAGAUGGACAAGCAGAUAUUCGCCAUUGAUCUAACAUCACAUCUUUCUCUUCAGUAUGCUUUACCGAAGUCUCUUAGCAUCACCAAACUUUGUUUGAAUACUUUAACCACACUACUGGGCGUACUUUCUGGUGACACACGGAUUGAAAUGUUUCGAACAGUUCUACCAAGCAUAGCUCGAUUUGCAGAGGCAUUCCCUCCACUCAUAGAGGAAUGUAUUAUGUUCCUUUUACAACUUGGACGUAUUGCACAGUCACAAUCUGCAUUAGGUCGGUCGGCGUCACUUCCUACACUUUAUCUUGGACCAGAAGCAAAAGUGCGAUCUCAAAGUAAACGUUCCCAAUACGCGCAGCUGUUAGUUGAUGAUGUGAAAGAAGCGUACAAAAAGAUCAUUGAUGAAUCUGUUCUCCAUCCCAAAGUAUAUUGAAUAAUUGUCAGGUGGCAGUUUAAACUAUUAACUUAUUAAACUAUCGUUUAUUUGCAUCAACAAAACAUUUGCUUUAUUUUUGCUUACUGCACAAAAGAGGUGUAAAAUCAAUAAAAAAAAUCGA